AAUACGAUAUAUCGAUAUUUCAUUAUUUCAGUAUUUUUGCACAUCCACAAUCCUGACUAAUGCUGUCAAACAUAACAAAGGAGAAAUUCAAUUCUGUAAACUCAAACGCUUUUUGAUCAAAAUUUCUGUUGACAAGGUUAAAGCACAAAUGAUUCCUUUUCUCUGCUACGUCUUGGCAUUAUCUUGGUGGUUGUGCUAUAGAUCUUAUCAAGAUGUUUGUGUACUUUCGAGUGGUGGAUGAAGUACUUAAUUUUGCUACUUAAGUAAAAAUACAGAUACAGGAGUGGAAGAUUACUCAGGUAGAAAUAUCAAAUGAAAAAAUCUAAGUACCAGUUUAAAAAUGUACUUUAAGAGUAAAAAUUCAAAGUAUUUAGCUGAGAUUUAUAGCACAAUUAAAGCAUCAAAUAUUGUGAUUUUGACAAAGAAUGUAGCUGUAAUUCAGUAAUUCAAUGGAUUUCUUGCCAUUUUUGUGCCUUUAUGUAGUUGGUUUGCUCAAAGUUGAGAUGUUAACUUAAAAGAAAAGUACUUUUUACUUUUCAGGCCUAUUCAAAAAUGUAGUGGAGGAGAAAGUACAGAUACUUGCUCUCAAAUACUUACUUUACUUUACUUUUAAUUUUGUAUGUUACCUUCCACCACUGGUACUUUCAAACGUGUCUGAAACUGUGGUUUUUCAGCUCUUGGAGCAGGCUCUUGUGAUCGAGGAGCAAUUGCGGCGGGCGGCGUAUCUAAACAUGACGCAGGACCCCAGUCACCCCGCCAUGGCCCUGAACGCUCGCUUCGCUGAAGUGGAGUGCCUCGCCGAAUCCCACCAGCACCUCAGCAAAGAGUCUCUGUCGGGGAACAAGCCCGCCAAUGCCGUCCUACACAAAGUGCUGAACCAGUUGGAGGAGCUGUUGAGCGACAUGAAGGCAGAUGUUACCCGGUUACCUGCCACCCUGUCCCGUGUCCCCCCUAUCGCCGCGCGGUUACAGAUGUCCGAGAGGAGCAUCCUGAGCAGACUGGCGAGCAAAGGCACGGAAACCCACGCUGCUCCGCCCAUCCCUCCUGGACCCUACGCCACCCCCCAAAACUACGGAGCACCUUUCACCCCUGCACCCCCCAGCGCCCUGCACCUCGGAGGGGCCAACUACAGCCAGAUGCCUCCCGGAUCUUUCAUAUCAGAAGCUGGUGGCGGAUCUACGGGAGCGGUUUGCCCCAAGACCAAGGAGCACGGCGUGGGGCAGAGGCAGCGCGUGGUGGACCUAUGGAAGGAUGGCAAGUCAGAGGGUGCCAUAGGGUUAGAACUGAGGAUGCCCAAGUCCACAGUCCACAGCAUCAUAGUGAAAUAUCGCCUUAGCAACACUGUGGAGAACCUGCCACGCAAUGGACGACCAAAAAGACCCUGACCAGACAAUUCAGGAAUGUAAGAGCAUGCAAAAGCCAACUUUAAAAGGGAGGACUGUUUGAUUGAACCCUGAAUGUAAUCGGACAAAAUAAAUUUCCAAAAACGACUCAAGGAUGGAGCACUUUGACACGACUGGAAUGUAAGGAAUAAAAGGUGAAUAGUACAGACAAGAGGAGAGCGUCGCCGGAGGAAGUUAUCAACAGAAGGAGCGGCAGCACUUUGAUCUGUGAAAAAAAAAAAGAAAAAACAAGCAACCCAAAGCUGAGAGAACGAGAAAAGAGGAGUGAAGUACAGGCCCCAAACUUUAAUGAUGUGUGUGGGGGGCGGAAGGAGGGGGUGAGGCAAAGCUAUACUCAACUCCUCCAAGCAAGGAAAAGGCAAUAUUUAUGAAAAAACAUUGCGAUUUCACAUCUCAGAAUGAACCAAACAUACUUUUAUUAUAAGAUUCUCUUCAUCACCUAUUUUUGGAGGCUUUUUGGCGUUUCUCCCUCUAAAGAGAUUUCCCAGUGGAUCAAUUCUUCAUGGGGCUGACAGAGUGAACAAGGCUGUCCCUGGCUCUGACCCUGCACUCCCUCAUUCCUCCACUGUCCACUCCUCCGGCUCUCCCUCUCUCACACAAGCAACCAUUUGUGCACCGAGACCUCACACAAGUCCUCAAAUCUGCAAUAAUUUCACUUUUUGGAUGACUAUAUGAAGAAUCAAAGUUCAUCACCUCUUUUUGGAUGACUUUAAUUGUGGCAUUCCUAUGUUUUGUAGCAGAGAUUUAAAGGUGCAGUAUGUAACUUUAUACUACCAUUUCCUUGUCUGCAUGGUUUGCCAGACAAAGAUCAGAUCUAUGGAGAGGCAACCCCCAUUCACAAAGGCAACCCCAUUCACAAAGAAGACAAUUAAAGCACUAAUAAUAAAUUGGCAGGCAAAACAAUAACAUCUCCAUGGCAGCUGGUGUACACUCUUCAACGUACCUGGGAUCAAAAAUAUAUAUUUCUCUAAAACUUUACAAAGAUUUGAGUCUGAAUCUUGAAUCUCCCAAGGGUGUCCAUACCAAAACAAAUAUGGCUACUUAAGAGGAAAAAAGAAAGGAAAAAAAAAAUCGCAGGUAACUGAAAAACAUUGCCAGUUUCUGCAAAAUCAGUGAGUGAAGGUAUUGAAGGUAUAUGAAGAAAUUUAAAUUUGUUCAAAAUAAUUGGUGGCCAAUCAGCUCCUUUGUUUUAUAUGCAUCUCUGAAAUAAACUAAUCUGAUUGGAUGGCCAUGUUUGAGCCUAGCCCUAUAUAAAAAAUAAAGAGCUCAUUCUGGACUUCCCUGGCAACUCUUCCAGUAAAGUUACGUAGUGCACCUUUAAAAAUAUGUUAGUAGCAUUAAUAUCAGUGAUGUAUUCAACGUAUAAUACUAUAGCACUUUAAUGAGGUAGCCUAAAGGGAAAUAUCACAUGACCAAAGAACCCAGACAAGUAUUGGUCUUUUAGAAUCCACUUUUUCUUCGAAGCUGCUGUUCCAUAAUUAAUGCUCUGUCCCCGAACACUCCAAGAAGAAGACUUUGAAGCGAUAUCUUUGUUCAGACUUCUCUUCUCUUCUUUAUUGUGACAGAGUGAUGGAUUCCACGGUGGAAAAUGUCCCCCCAAUUGCCGAGAAAAUAAAACACUCUGGACUCUGUCACGGUAUUUUUUUCCUUCUCUUUUCCAGCCCGGCGUUCGUUCUGUGGAGCUGUACAUCACAGUGACAUCCCACAGUCGAAGCAAAACCAAAUCAUCUGCUUCCUACUUUAUUUUUUAGAAAAGACAGAUCAGGCUCAUGGUGCAAACAUUUUUAUUACACAAAAUGGAUUCUUGUGAGUUUUAAGCCAUGUUAUAAUGCUGUUAGCUCCUUAAAAACAUAUACGAGUUCUGUUUUAUUUCAUUCACACAUGUUUAACAUCACAACAACAGCAAGCUCAAAAUGCUCUGUUCCACCUUGUCAGUGACAAGCUCACAGCUAUCUUUAGUUCAGUAAAGAUUGGCUCUCCAGAUUCCAGGGCUGAAAGUAUCCAAAUUAUUUUAGUGAAGGUGUAUGGAGUUUAAAAAAGACAGUGGAGAGUAUUACCACAUGACAUCACAAAGUGUGUGUUUUCCAUUUGAGAGAAGAACUCAGAAGCCUAAAUUUACAGGGCUUGUGUGUUAAACAUGUGUGAAUGAAACAAAACACAACUCCAGGUAUGUUUUUGAUAUGUAAACAACAUUAUAACAUAGAUGAGAAAGUAAUGCAGAAUAGGCCCUUUAAGGAUAAUGAGUGGUUUGUAAGUUGCAGCUCAGUGGUAUUUCCCUUUAAGGUGAAGGAUUUAAAGUCCAAGGAUGUGUGGUGGAAGUGCGGCCGGCAGUGACGGUAUACAGUACUCGUCUUGAUCUGAUGUUUAUUUUGUGCUCUGUUUGGUUUGGUGGAAAUAUGCUGCGUUUAACAUUUCAACAACAUGAGUCCAAAACAAAAUGCUUUCCCUUUUAAGCAUUUUAUGUCAUGAAAUCUGCUACUCUGCUAUGCAAGUUUAAAUGGAUUUUAUGAGAAAUCAUCUUCACAUUAAAUAUAGCCCCAUAGUCUUUGAACCCAAAGAGAGUUUGUGCUAUAGGUUCUACAUGUCAAACAGUACAUGUAGGCCAUAAUGAAGUAAAAGUAGUUAAGUUAAGUAGUUAAGUACUGUAUCUAAGUAUACCAUUUAGAUAUCUGUACUUUAUUUAAGUGCAUUUUAAAACUGGAUACUUUUUACUUUUGCUUCACUACUCGAGAGCAGGUAUCUGUGCUUUCACAAUGUUUUGGAACUGAAGUGAAAAGUAAAAGUAUUUUUAUGAUAGUUUCAGGCAUGCUGAAAAGGCUGAGGUUAAAUAAAAACAGAUAGAAUAGAAGAGUUUUUGUUCUAUCUCUAACUAAUAAAUUUAACAAAAUGGAACUGCUAAACAAAAUUCACCACAAAUCUGUAUCAAAAUCACUACAUUUGAAGCUUUAUUAGAUUUCAGUAUCUGCUUGAAAUACUUUUACUUUUUACUCUUUAAGUAUACUUUGAAACAGGUACUUUAAUACUUUUAUUUACAUUGAUUUUUUUCAUAGGAUACUUGUACUUUUACUUGAGUAUUUUUUGCUUCAGCAUCUGUACUUAAGUACCAAAAGUUUUUCUUUCACCACUGAUGUAGGGCAGCUUGUAGAGCAGUAUUAUACGUCGUCUUUUACAUUUGCUGAGUAGGCAAUAUUUCCACCUAGUGCAAUAAGUCAUGUUAUUAGACCAACUUUUUACCGUGAUGAAAACUUCUGAUUAGACUUGAACACUCCCUGCGUAUUUCUCUCAUGUAGAUAUAUAAAUACACUGUUGUAUGGUCUACCUCUAAAAUAGAAGCCUUGCUGUUUUAGUUGGUGGUUGACAGUUCAGGCUCACAAGGUUGUUUCUGAUGAAAGGUUCUGGCUUUGACGUACUCACGCAGAGCUGCUCAGUAAAUGCAAAAAUUCAGCAUUUUCUGCCAAGAUGGCAGUGUGGGGCUCUAUCAGAUCAGGGCCGGACCUACAGCAGAGAAAACAACUCUACCUCCUGUUAUAGACUUUUGUAGACUUUAGCUUUGUCAAACUCUGAGUGUUACUGAGUGACUCUAAAUUACUGGAUUAAAGUGUUACUGUAAGCACAAGCACUGCCAGAUGGAAAUGGGACUAUAAAAUAAAUAUAGACCAAAAAAGUCCUGUACAACUGUGAGGAGAUCAAGGGACUGGUAUUAAAAGACUAGAAGAGCCUCACUGUUGAGCACAAUGAGAUGCUAUAUUUGUCCUUAGUGUAAAUUUAGAACAUUUUCUAGUGUUUUUGGCAUAACACCAGUGAGUUUAACUAUCAUCUGUUGUAACCUCAAAUGCCUUCUUAGAGCCUGGCCAAUGCCUCAUGUUCGGAGACUGAUACUGAAAACUGAUGACAGCAUUUUCAGCUUCAGUUCAUAUAAAAUGUCACUGGUGGUCAUCUGAGCCAGACAAUAUGUUCAUAAUUAGUCUGACUCUUUGAGAUGGCGUUUCCAUGGCGGCAACAGAACAUGCCUAUGAACACAGUUAAGAGACCAUACAAGAAUGUAAAGCUUCAAAUUCACACAUAUAUUAGUUUAAAGGGCCUAUAUUAUACUAUUUUCUGUAUGUUGUGUUUUCAUCACAAACAUACCUGGAGUUGUGUUUUGUUCCAUACAGCCAUGUUUAAUGCACAAAUCAUGUAUAUUUAGGCUCAGUUCUGAGCCCUCUUUUAAACAGAAAACACUUUGUUCCACCUUGUGACGUCAUGCGGUAAUAAAAGAAGAGCUCCACUGUAUUUUUAAACUCCAUACAUCUUCACUAGAAUCAUUUAGAUACUUUCAGAUUGGGAAUUGCCAAUCUCUACUACUCUACUAAAGGUGAAGGGUAGCUGUUAACUUGAAAACUACUGCUUCAUGACAUCAUGAGGUGGGACAAAGCGUUUUGAGCUUUGGAGAUAUAGACAAACUAAUAAUAAUUAGGGUAAGAUUACUCAAAAGUGUGUGAAUUAAACCCAACUCAAUGUAUGUUUUUGAGGAGUAUGAAUUAACAGAAAUAGCAGUUAGUUUUAGUUUAUUCUUAAAGUCAAUAAAAACAUUCAAAGACAGUAAUAUGAUCAACUUCCAAUGACAACACAGGCUAUUUAAAAUCAAGCCCAGAAAUUUCCUAACAUGGUUCCGACUUGAGUGUAUUCCUAGAAGCAUUUUAUUCAUCCAUGUUUACAGUAUUCCCUAUUAACUCUCAAUUCAGGUCUGAGUAUUAUGUCCAAUGAUGGAUUCAAACGCUUAAAUGGUAGCUAUAUAAACUCCAUACAUUAUCCAAUAUUAUAAUCCUGUAGUCUGCAGUGAACUCCAGAGGUCCUUAUGUAAAUCGGCUGCUCUUUCACCUCCGUGUGUUUGACUUUUAUCUCACUCCUCUACCUCUCUACCUCCCUCCUCUUCAGCAUCCCCUGUUCUGGCCUCCGCUGGACCAUUGCCAUAAGUUUUCCCAACAGCGCUCCCCCCUUUGGCUCUGGAAGUGCGCUCAGGCAGUGGUGGAUGUCUGCAGCUUAACACAGCUCUUAUCGCGGGUUUUGAUCAGUGUGGGGGUGUUACGGCAGUUUAUUUUCUCCCAUGGCACUGGCGAGAGAAGUACGCUGAGUGUCUAUUCUUGGCGUUGUUUUGAAAAGAAGCCCGCCCGCUACACUCCCCUUUGCAGUUUCACACUACACUGCGCAGACAUGAGAAAAGCCAAUCCCUCACUGUCUUGUUGUAGAGUUGUACUGAGAAGUAACAUUCUAAAUUUUAAUUAUUGUUAUAUAGUUAUUAUUCUGAUCUUAAAGGUGAACUGUGUAACUUUUCUGGAGGGGGUCUGCAACAUUUUGUCUCCUUGGAGAUGUUAAUGCUUUGAUUUAAAUUGUCCACAGUAUGGUGUCUUGCUCAAAAAUAUCUUAAAAACAUCCAUUCUUACUGUGAGUGGGCUUGUCUCUUCACAAAUGUAAUCUGUAAUUUGCUAGCAAGUCUUCAUGAAGAUUUAUAAGUUUAUUGCUAUACUUUCUAUAUACAUUCUAGGCAUGCCUCCAUGGAGACAAGCAGGUGACUCCAACAAACAAGUUGCACAGUGCACCUUAAAGUAGUCUGUUUUUUUUAGUACAGAUGGUACUUAUGACAGUGUGUAUAUGUAUAUAUGACAGUGUAUGUAGUAAUGAAAUACUGUAUGCCUGGUUUCUCAUUAAAAUGUACAAAACAUAAUUUUUAUUUGAUUAUUUUAGUGCUUUAUCUUUUUUGACAAUUUUUGGUGGU